UUGUGAGCAGAGCAGAAGGAGAACCAAAAAUCUGGAUCAGGGUCGAGAUGUGUGAGGAGGAAAAACUUGCUGGCAUCCUGGAUGAUAUAGCUGAUCAUGAAUUUGACAACUUCAAAUGGCACCUAAAGAGAGAGAUGUGGAAUGGCAUCGAUCCCAUCAAAAUCUCCAAGCUGGAGAGGGCGGAGAGGCUCGACAUCGUGGACCUAAUGGUGCAGAAAUACGAGGCCGCUGGAGCUUUAACAGUUGCGAGGAUUAUUAUGGAAAAGAUCAAAAGAAAUGACCUGGUGAAGAAGCUCAGUGAACCAAGUCCUGAAGCUCCAGUUGGAGAUUUUGCUGAUUGCUGUCAACAUGAGCACAAAGAAUAUCUGAAGAACACAUUGCAAUGUCUCCGUGAAGGCAUUGCAGAAGCUGGGAAGAAAACCUUUCUAAAUGAUAUCUACACAGAGCUCUACAUCUUGGAUGGAGGAACUGGACAGGUUAAUAGUAAACAUGAAGUCAGACAGAUUGAAAGAGAAACCAGCAAACCACCAAAAACAAUACAACUAGAAGACAUCUUUAAACCCCAACCUGAAAAAAACGAACCAAUUAAAACAGUGAUGACAAAGGGAGUGGCCGGCAUUGGGAAAACAGUCUUAACACAGAAGUUCACUCUGGACUGGGCUGCAGGCCAAACCAACCAGAACAUCCAGUUCAUAUUUCCAUUCACUUUCAGAGAACUGAACACAUUGAAAGAGAAAAGGUUCAGCUUGGUGGAACUAAUUCAUAAAUUCUUUAUUAAAACCAAAGAUGUCUGUAGCUUUGAGCAGUUCCAGGUUCUGUUUAUCUUUGAUGGCCUGGAUGAGAGUCGACUUCCUCUGGACUUCUACAACAAAGAGAUCCUGACUGAUGCUACAGAACCCACCUCAGUGGACGCCCUGCUGAUUAACCUCAUUAAGGGGAAACUCUUUCCCUCUGCUCUCCUCUGGAUAACUACGAGACCUGCAGCAGCCAAACAGAUCCCUCCUGAGUUUAUUGACAUGGUCAUAGAGGUCAAGGGGUUCACCGACUCACAGAAGGAGGAGUAUUUCAGGAAGAAAUUCAGAGAUGAUGAGGAGAAGGCCAACAAGAUCAUUUCACACAUCACAGCAUCCCGAAGUCUUCACAUUAUGUGCCACAUCCCAGUCUUCUGCUGGAUCACUGCUGAUGUUCUGGAGGAUGAGUUGAAAAACAAAGAGGGAGGAGAGCUGCCCAUGACCCUUACUGAGAUGUACAUCAAGUUCUUGGUAGUUCAGAUCAAAAUCAAGAAGAAAAAGUAUGAUGGAGGAGCUGAACAAGAUCCAGACAUCAGUAAGAUGGUUCUGUCUCUGGGAAAACUGGCUUUGGAGCAGCUGCUAAAUGGAAACCUCAUCUUCUAUGAUUCAGACCUCCAAGAUUGUGGCAUAGAGAUCAAAAAUGUUUCUUUCUCAGGAGUGUUCACUGAGAUCUUUAAAGAGGAGACGGGGAUAGGCAAAACCUCGGUUUUCUCCUUUGUUCAUCUGAGCAUCCAGGAGUUUCUGGCUGCAGUCUACAUGCUCCACAGUUUCACCACAAAGAAUACAGAGGUAAUGGCAAUGUUCCUGGAAGAAGAUAACCACUCAUUCUUGUAUUACUUCUUGAUGUUUUUCAUGAACCUGUUCAAGAGAACAGAUGGCUGCUCACUGGAUGAGCUCCUGAUGAAAGUUAUGAGGAAAUCCCUCAGCAGUGAAAAUGGCCACCUGGACCUGUUUGUUCGCUUCCUUCAUGGCCUCUGUGUGGAGUCCAACCAAAGACUCUUAAGAGGCCUGAUGGGUCAGACAGAGAACAGCCCAGAAAUAAUCCAGAGAAUCACCGACAAUCUGAAGAAGAUGAACACUAAUGAUAUCUCUCCCGAUAGAAGCAUCAACAUCUUUUACUGUUUGAUGGAGAUGAGUGACUUCUCAUUUUGUAAGGAGAUUCAACAGCUCCUGGAGUCACGGAAGAAACUCUCAGAGGUCCAAUGCUCAGCUCUUGCCUACAUGCUGCAGAUGUCAGAGGAGGUUCUUGAUGAGUUGGACCCAGAGAAGUACAACGCAACAGCAGGUGGACGACAGAGACUGGUUCCAGCUGUGACAAAUUGCAGGAAGGCUGUACUUGGUGGCUGUUGGCUCUCAGAGACUGAAUGUGAAGUUGUGGCCUCCGCUCUGCAGUCCAAACCUUUCCAUUUGACUGAACUGGAAAUAAGUCAGUUCUGCAAACUGAAAGACUCUGGGAUGAAGCAUCUGUGUGAGAUCCUGGAGACUUCAGUCAGCAUAGUGAAGAGCCUGAGGUUGGAGAGCUGCUGUUUGUCAGAGACCAGCUGGUCUUCUCUGUUCUCAGCGCUGAAGUCCAACCCGUCCCAUCUGACAGAACUGGACCUGAGCGGCAACAAAGACCUGAAAGAUUCUGGAGUGAAGGAGCUCUGUGGUUUCCUACGUACUCCUCUCUGCAAAAUACAAAAACUGAGAUUGCAAGACUGCGGCUUGACAGAGACCAGUUGUUCUUCUCUGGUCUCAGCUCUGAAGUCCAACCCGACCCAUCUGACAGACCUGAACCUGAGCCUCAACUACGGCCUGAAAGAUGCCGGAGUGAAGGAGCUCUGUGGUUUUCUUCAGACUCCUUUCUGCAAAAUACAGAUAUUGAGAUUGAGCAGCUGCGGUUUGUCAGAGAUCAGCUGUUCUUCUCUGGCCUCAGCUCUGAAGUCCAACCCGACCCAUCUGACAGAACUGAACCUAAACUACAACAAACGUCUCAAAGAUGCUGGAGUCAAAGAGCUCUGUGGUUUUCUACAGAGUCCUGACUGCAAAAUACGAAAGCUCAGUCUGGUGAACUGCAAGCUGACAGAGAUCAGCUGUGCUUCUCUGAUCUCGGCUCUGAAGUCCAACCCCUCCCACCUGAAACAACUGGACUUGCUUUCGAACAAACUGAAGAGGUCAGAUGUUCAGCAGCUGAAGGAUCUGGUGAAGUCUGUAAGGUCAGUAGAUGGUUGUGAGUGAGUCCAGCUACGGUCAGCAGUACAGACCUAAACCCAGUUCAAAGCAUCAAAGCAAAGCUCUAGUGUUUCCAGUAAAGCUGCAGCUUGGACACACGGACAAUGAGGUCGAAUCUUGUUGUGUUCCUGUUUCCAGGGAUUCCAGCUGCCAGGUUUUCAAUACGUCUUGAGACAGCGCUCUUAAUUGUUCGAUCUGUGGUAGCAUCUUAGAUCUGAUCUAAGACUGUUUGAAAAGAAAAAAACUGAUCAGCUUCAUCUUUGUCACUGCUCUGAGAUCAGUCUAACUCAGGGGUCUCAAACUCAGGUCCUCGAGGGCCGCAGUCCUGCAGUUUUUAGAUGUGCCACAGGUACAAAACACUGGAAUGAAAUGGCUUAAUUAUCUCCACCUUGUGUAGAUCAGUUCUCCAGAGCCUUAAUUAUUCUAUUCAGGUGUGGUGCAGCAGAGGCACAUCUAAAAGUUGCAGGACUGCGGUCCUCAAGGACUGGAGUUUCCUCUGUUUACGUGAAUGGAGCCUUCCGAGGAUACUAAGUGUGUGUGCGUGUGUGAGCUUGGAGUGCACUGUGUUCACUCCAGCAUGGUAGGAUGAGAGCUGGAGGUAAGACGUCCCUCCUGCUCUUUCCAUUGGAUGUGCUGCAUCAGUGACUGUCAGCUGAUGGAGACGCCGGCGGCGCUCACUGAUCUCCUCUGUCGCUCCUCUCCUCUCUCUGCAGGGUGUACUGAUCUGAAGCAUCGCUGAUGAUUCUCCUGAUGACCUCCUCGAAGAGGCGGUUGAAAAGAGAUUCACAAUGAUGAACUUUGAGAUGAAAGAUGUUUUUUUUAUCCUGUUAAUUUUCUCAUAUCUGAUGUUAAAGUUUCAAAAAUGUUCCGAUUAAGGAGACGUGGGUCGGCUGAUUCCCUCUCCAUCAGAGCAGAUGGUGCCGGUCCAGACUGGAAAAAGGCUGUUCUAACAUUCAGAUCUUAGUUAUAUACCUUAGUUAUCAAACAAGAUAAACAUAGUGUGUUAGUUCCAUAGUUAUUGAUUGCUUUAUUGCUGCCACAUAUCAUAAUCCAUGGUUUUACCUACGUGGUGGGUGUCCUAAAUAGAUAUGUUAUUAUUAUAAAUGUACAUUGUUCUGAACAAUAUGCACUUGGGGAAACUUUCUGCUUGUUGUUGUAUCAGGUCAGGUUGAUAAGCUCACCAGAUAUCAGCUGCAGUCUCACCCAGCUGGUUGUAUUUAUCUAAACCACUGAGUCACAGCUGAUUUUCCACAUCUUCCUUUUUUUCCUCCCUUCUAUGAACAUUUUUCUACCUUAACAUUGUCAUUUAGCUUCUGACAUUUAGUGAUGUGUUUUGGUCGUGUGUCGAGUACACCGGGAGGAUUUUUUUUAUGAAGCGCGUAUCGAGACUUGUGUUGCAGGAGCUGGCGGCGAAGUUUGAAGCGUCUACAAGAAUCACUUCGCCAGUUUGCUUGUGCAUUAAAAAAAAAAAAAAAAAAAUGAUGGCAAAAUGUUGCUAUUUCAUCCGUCACAUUUUCAUAUUUUAGGAUUUUAUUGCGUGCGCGUUUGCAAUUAAUUGAAGCGCCUUUUUGCGAUGCACCUCUAGGGCUGAAAUGAUUCCUCGAGUGACUGGAGUUCCUCGAUUAUGAAAAUUCCUCGAGGAAAAUAUAUCUGCCUCGAAGCUUUGUUAAAGUCUGUUUUAUUAUUUAGCGCACCGUGUUCCGGCCGGGUGGUUAUUUGUGUCGGGCAGCGCUCUCACUUCUGCCUAUGAGUUGUUGCUAAGUGCUAGCAGCACAACGUCAGAUUUUCCGGGUUUUUAUCGUUUUUCUGUGGGACCAAUAAGCAUUUUUAAAUUGGCUUUCUACUCUUGUAACUCCAUGUUUUGAUAGAGAGGGAUUUUUCCACAGUAUUCUAUUAACAACAAUAAUUAGUAAUAAUAUUCAAUUACUAAAUUGUUCCAGGCCUCGGACCCUCUCCUAAGGCUCACACAUAGCAAUAAUAAAUCAUUACUUGUCAAAAAAAAGAAACAACACUGAGGAUCCUGUAUUAUAAUUUCCUGCUUAUUUCUGAUGUUUUCAAAUGUGAAGUGUCGAGAACAAAUGAGCUGUAAUGUGUUUCUGACCACUGAUAAAGCGUUUCAUCUGCGCCCUGUGAGCCUGAGCACAGAAAAGGUUUUUAUUUUUAAGUUAUAGAAAAUAAUCUCCAAAGGUUUCCAACAAGGUUAGGAGUUACAAUCCUCUCCUCCGUUGUUCUAUAUAAACAGAUUAAGUCUAUAAUCAUAAUUUAGGUAUUAGUAUCACAAACAUGAUUUAGUUCUUUAUUCAGCGUAAGACUUCAGGCACCACCUUGUUUUCACGCUGCCUGUUUUACAUGCAUCGUUCACUCGAUGUUGCGGUGGAGCGAACGAACGUCGGCUCACGAGUCCAACAGGUGGAGGGAAAACCUCAGUGCUUCACGAAGCUUCGUCUCGCCAUCGCUGCUGAUGUUGUGUUUCUCUGGAUCGAUGAAGAUCACAUUCAAAAUCAGCUCCACUGAGUGGCUUCAUGAGUUUGGAUCUGAACUCGAUUCAAAUGGAAAGUUUCUCUCUGAUUUAGUUCCAUGUGAAAUAAAACCAGAUUCAACAGUU